CAAAGUAGGACAAGUCAGAUUUGCGGAAGUGUUCAGCGUAUCAUAGCUUGUAAACAAUAUUUGUCAGUUCUGCCUCAUACAAUAGAGCUCAAAAACCUGUGUUUACGCUAGAUAAUUAUACCGAGCAUCUAAUCUCGAAUAUUUGAUUAGAUAAGCAAGAGUAAAGUCCGAGGAACGAAUAUACCGCUAACAGAAGUAUUCAGCAGUCAGCGGAAAGGUCUAUGCGGAACUGAUUUCUGUCCAUCAUGACCUCAUUUAACAAGGUCCUUCACAGGGGACUGCAAAGCGGCUUGAGAGCAUUUUCCAGUGGUGCUGUUGCUGACAAGAAACCACUGAGUGGUUACUCUUUUGAACUAAGCAGCACACAGAAAGAAAUACAAGAGCUUGCUAGAAAAUUUACCAGAGAAGAGAUUAUUCCAGUGGCUGCAGAGUAUGACAAGUCAAUGAAAUACCCUUUUGAAAUAUUUAAAAAGGCCUGGUCACUUGGAUUAGCAAAUACGCACAUCCCUGCAUCAUGUGGUGGUAUGGAUAUGAGUGUAUUUGAUGGGUGUCUCAUUGUUGAGGAACUGGCUUAUGGCUGCACUGGCAUCCAAACAGCUAUAGAAGCCAAUGGACUUGCUCAAUCUCCAGUUAUAUUAGCAGGAAAUAAAGAGCAGCAAAAAAAAUAUCUAGGACGCAUGGUGGAAGAACCAAUUCUUGCAGCGUAUUGUGUAACUGAACCUGGUGCAGGCUCGGAUGUUAAUGGCAUAAAAACUCGUGCUGAGAAGAAGGGUGAUGAAUACAUAAUAAAUGGCCAGAAAAUGUGGAUUACAAAUGGUGGUGUGGCUAGUUGGUACUUUGUUCUUGCUCGAACUGAUCCUGACCCAAAAGCACCUGCUAGCAAGGCAUUCACAGGUUUCAUUGUGGACAGAGACACACCCGGUGUGACCCCUGGGAGAAAGGAAAUUAAUAUGGGUCAACGCUGUUCUGAUACCAGAGGUAUAACAUUUGAAGAUGUAAGAGUACCAAAAGAAAAUGUCCUCCUUGCUGAGGGAGCUGGAUUCAAGAUAGCCAUGGGUGCUUUUGAUAAAACUCGGCCUCCGGUUGCUGCUGGUGCAGUGGGCUUAGCACAACGAGCACUGGAUGAGGCAACAAAAUACUCUCUCGAGAGGAAGACAUUUGGAACUACUAUUGCAAAUCAUCAAGCUGUUGCUUUCAUGCUUGCGGAUAUGGCUAUUGGUGUUGAAACAGCUCGCUUAUCAUGGAUGAGAGCUGCAUGGGCUUCAGAUCAAGGUGAAAGGAAUUCCUACCUGGCAUCUAUUGCUAAGGCUUAUGCAUCUGAUGUAGCCCAGAAGUGUGCAUCAGAUGCUGUGCAGAUAUUUGGUGGAAAUGGUUUUAAUAGUGAAUACCCUGUGGAGAAACUGAUGAGAGAUGCAAAAAUUUUUCAAAUAUAUGAAGGAACAUCUCAGAUACAGCGUCUUAUUAUAUCAAGAGCAAUGUUGGAUAAAAUGAAGCAAAGAUCAUGAAUAUUUUACAUUUGUAUUAAUAGCUCUUCAUUCUGCAGAACUGUAUCUUGAAGAGAAUGAAUACUUUCAUUAAAUUCCUUUGAAAAAUCAAGAAAUUCAAAUACAUUUUCAAAUAUUAUGAAUUCACUUAU